UCAAGCUAUAACAAAUUAGUUAGUAGAUAUGUUUAAGUUCAAGGACAUAGCUUUCCAAGUCAAGAGAGUAUUCACUAAAAAAGUGUCUCGUUUAAGAUACAUAAUGAACGUACGAAAGGGUCACUUUGCGGUAUACGUUGGAGCAAACGAGGAAGAGAGGAAGAGAUUCAUGGUUCCAAUAUCUUACCUAAGACAUCCUUUGUUCCAAGCUUUGUUGCGUCAAGCCGAAGAUGAAUUUGGCACAGAUCAUCAGAGGAAAUCCCUAACGAUCCCUUGUCGUCACGAUGUCUUUGUUGACGUCACUUGUCGUCUGAAUCGUUUUAAUUUGUUAGUACCAAAAGUAAGUAAUUAAUGAAUUAGUCUAAGGUAUUAGCAUAUUAUUGGUUGGUUUGAUGAUCCGUUUCAUAAGGGGUUUAUAUAUUUAUGUUACUGUGAGGGGGCUUAAGCAACAGUCAAAUCAAAACCAAAAUGUAAUGAAAGAAAGAAUUUGCAUAAUUGGCUUGGAAGUUUGUCUUUACCAAUAAGAUAUAUACGAUCCUCGCAGAUGAC